AUGAACAUCGUUCAGGACGGUGCCGGCGUCCAUGGAGACCGCCUCAAAUACAGCCAAUUUGCCCAUCUCGCGACACGUUUACUGGAAUUAAUACGUGAGGGCUUGCAUGGCCCAAUUGUCGCUGACCAGCAACACGAAGUUGAUGAAGACCACAUUAUUGGCAAAUAUGUCUUCAUUGAACCCCCAGUUUGGGGUAAGACUAAGGUCUUUUAUGAAAGCAGUGGUACCGGUACUCAGGAGAUCGUGUUUCUCCAUACUGCGGGAAGCGAUAGCCGACAAUACCACGACGUUAUGAAUGAUCCGUCCAUGAGAGCAAAAUGCAAGAUGAUCGCCUUUGAUUUGCCUGCCCAUGGUCGCAGCUUCCCGGGCAAGAAUCACCUGCCCGGGAAUCAUACCACUACUGAAGAAGCAUAUGUCGGUUGUAUUCGUGAGAUGAUCAAGGUUCUUAGGCUCAACAAGCCCAUCAUCUGCGGCGCCUCGAUGGCUGGGCAGGUGUGUAUUGCAGUAGCGAUUAGAGCAGAGGAAGUAGGUGCAGGUGGCACUAUUCCCUUGCAAGGAUGUGACUUUUUGACCAUGAAGCGACAAUUCGAUGAUAAGUCCCCGCUAGUCAAUCAGUCCCUUUUCAACCCUGAUUGGAUUUACGGCAUGAUGGCUCCAAAUGCGCCCUUGGUAAACAAGCAGCUCAUCUGGCACCUCUAUAGUGCUCAGGCUUACGGGAUUUUCCAUGGUGAUCUUGACUUCUAUUUUGGUGGCUUUGAUGCUCGAGACCGUGUUGCGAGUAUUGAUGUCAAGAAAUGCCCUAUCUAUUUUCUGACCGGUGAAUUUGACUGGAGCACUACCCCUGAAAUGAGCCAGGCGACGGCCAAGAAGAUCAAAGGCGCUAAUUUCAAAGCCAUGGAAGGCCUGGGUCAUUUCCCAGCGACUGAAAGCCCCUCUAGGUUUGUGAGUUUACCUUGA